AUGUUGGCCAAACAUGUUGCUUGGGCCGCGUACGACAUAGAGGCACCUAUUAGACCUCAAAAAUGUAGAAGCGGGUGCUUCUCUCUUCGCAAUGCAGCAUGGUUUCUUGCGACAGCUGGCUUGUUAGCAACCGCAUUUUACAACAAAGCAUUCAGCGCGAGUUUACAUCUUCCAGGUUUUAAAGGAGAUGCUUCUCCGUGUCAGAGUCAACAUGACUCCAAUAAGCUGAAAAACUUCCAGCAAUGCGCAAUUGACAAUCUUUUGAACACAGGGUUACCAUUCCUGCAGAAUGCAUCACCUAUGGUAGUUGCGGAUUAUGAAGAACGUCGCGAUCGCUUAGCUGAGGCUUUAGUAGCCGAGGAUGUUGACGCUUUUGUAGUUGAACCAGGCUAUACAUUCAAGUAUUAUGGCAAUGUCAGCCAGCCUGAAUGGGAGGUGUGGGAGCCUGAAGAGCGACCGUUCUUAAUGGUUGUGCGCCCCGUAAUUGACGCCACGGGCAGUAUCAAAGCCAACACGACCUUCCUUUGCCCUUCAUUUGAGGCAGAGCGAGCACGACUCCUCGGGAUGCCCUUCACUCAGGCAAUUCAGAUUGUACCGUGGGAGGAGCACUGGGAUCCCUAUACCACUCUGUGGCAGUCUGGCGUAUUUUCCACCCUGACCCGCAUCCCUCGCUUGAUGGUCGACGAAGAAAUGCGCGACUUCAUCCAGCGCGGCCUGGGCUCAGUGGGAUAUGAUAUUGUUGGCUUGCGAGGCCGUGUUGAGGAAGUCCGCCAGAUCAAAAGUGCUGGCGAAGUUGAGAUACUCCGUGCCGUGAAUACAGGAACAGUUGAGGCCGUUCGCCAGAUGAGAAAAUGUCUGUACCCAGGCCUGACCGAAAAUCAAAUCGCUGCAGCCCUGGAUAACGCUCUCCGUGCAUCUGGCAUGGAGCCUUUCUUCGACAUAGUUCUUUUUGAUGAGAACGCAUCAAAUCCCCACGGUGGUACCAACGGGUCGAAGGUUCUCGAGGCGGAGACUUUUGUAUUGAUUGAUGUCGGCGCUCAUCUUUAUGGCUACUCGUCUGAUAUUUGUCGCACAUUUUUCCCUCCCUUUUUAGAGAAGCCAUCAGCAACAGAAGAGCUAGCUCCCUCCAUUGCUGAGAAGCUGAAAGUUUGGGAUAUUGUAUUUGAGGCCCAAACGCAAUCAAUUCAUCAGUUCCGAGAGAACUGCACAGCUGCCAGUGUAGAUAUUGCUGCUCGCAAUGUCAUCGAUGAGUCUGGCUACGAAGGGACAUUUACUCAUCGUGUUGGUCACGGUAUCGGCAUAAAAGCACACGAAAGCCCCUAUCUCAAUAAGGGAAACCAUCAAACGAUGCUCAAGAGGGGUAUGGCUUUUACCUCUGAGCCUGGUAUCUACCUCGUUGAUAAAUUUGGAGUUCGACAUGAGGAUAUCUUUCUGGUACGUGGCAGUGACGAGCCGGAGCUUCUGACAGGUGCCAGAGCUGUUGGACCUUGGGACCCUUGA